UCUAAACCUCCUCCUGGCAAUCUUCUCCCUCCCCAAUGCCGCCGCCGCGACUCCUCGCCAGCGGCGAUCACCACCCGCCCCCCACAUCCGCCUCCUCGCCGGAGCACCCCUUCCUCUCCGCCCACCUCCUCCUCCCCUCGCCGUCCCUGUCCCCGACCGACCUUUCCUCCCCGCACCUCCCCCUCUCCCUCGCCUUCUCCUUCCUCGCCCACCCUUCCCCUCUCCCUCGCCAUCUCCUCAUCCUCCUCCACGCCGCCGGCGCCCGCUUCUCCGCCUUCUACCCGGCCUUCACCUCCGCCCUCCUCUCCCUCCCCUUCCCCCUCCUCCUCCCCCACCCCCGCUCCCGCCUCCUCCUCGCCGCUUCCGAGCUCGCCCGCGCGGCCGCGCCGGGGUUCGCGCCGCUCCUCCGCUCCCUCCUCCGCCGCGUGCCCUUCCACGGCGACGCCCGCCUGCUUGAUAUCCUAGCCGAGCACGCCUCGUUUCUCGCUGACGAGGAGCCGCAGCUUCUGGCCUCCGCCGUCUUCACCUUCCUCCGUCUCCUCGCUAAGAACCGCCUCUCUCCGGCCCCGAGCAGUGUUGAGUGCAAGGAUUGCGUGGAGUGCAAGAGCGCAAAGAAUCUCGCAGAAUGCAGGGAAAAGCUGGUGUCUUUCUGCGUCUCCACGUUGCAGGAUCACUUCCAAGUGUGUGCACUGAUCGGAAGGGACCUCGUGAGGUCGCUCCACGAGCUGGUCCUCGUACCGGAGUUUCAGGCUCUGUGGAGAGACUCGAUGCUGGACCGUGCCACUGACAUCUGCCGGAUCGGCACACCCGGUUGGUGCACCACCGUUGCUAUCUCACCUGAGAUAGAGACGCAGCUCUUGUUCAUGAUGAACAACGUGAAGUGGGGGGAUCAGAAGAGGUACCAGCUGUGGUUCGCCAGAAAGCACCUGGUGGUGCCCGGAGGGGAGGAGAGGAUCCCUGACAUUGUUCGGUUCAUAUGUUGCGGAUACCACCCGACCAAUGAGAUCAUGCAGUCCGGUGUCAUUGCCCGCUGGGCGGUCAUAGGAUGGCUGCUGACGAGUUGCAGCAAGGGCUACAUCCAGGCGAACGCAAAACUGGCACUGUUCUAUGACUGGUUGUUCUUUGAGGAGGGUAGGGAUAGUGUCAUGAAUAUUGAGCCUGCAAUGCUCCUGAUGGUGAACUCGGUAUCUCAGUAUACAGAUAUCACAAACAUGCUGCUUGAGUUCUUGUUUCUUCUGAUUGACAACUAUGAUGUGAGGAGGAAGGAGGUAAUAGCUCAGUGUGUGAGGAAGGGGUUUGGGGUAUUGGUGAAAAAAGGAGUGGUCCUGUCAUUGGAGCCAUUGACAUGUUGUGAGAAGCUAUCACCGUUGCUGAGGCAGAAGCUUGUGGCUUUUUUAUCAAAUACCAGUCCUGGAGCAGCUGAAGAAGCUUGCGGGAAACCAAUAGACGAGGUUUCUAAAGAAACAGAAUUGAAGAAGAGAGUUUGCUCAAACUAAACCUCUUUAUGGCUGUGUCACGACCCUCUGUCUCAGGAAUGAAUUUAGCACUGGUUCACCAGCAAUUGCUCCUUUUGGAAGCUUUGAGAUGACCUGGAAAGAGGGCUCGGAAGGUUUGGGUUUAACAAGGAGAGGAGAGAGGCGAAUAAAUCUUUGGAAUCAGGAGCAAAGGGAUUACGGAUUACGGAGUGUUGCUCAUCAAAAGCUGGCCCUAUAACCAGCAUGCCAUUUCCCCACUGGCAUCUGCAGAGGAGUUCCAACUAAGCCUGAUACUACCAGUUCAACUAAUCAGAAGCCAACCUUGUUCACAUUCAACUAAUGGCGAUAUAGUCACAAUAUUUGGAGAUCAUGAACUUGCUGCUUGAUCUUUUUAUUUCUGCUGGUUCAAAAUUAUGAAGAGUUUACUUUCCUCAAGCUGUGGUAUCUUCAACUGAUGUGCGACUGAAUUGCCGAAGAUAUACAUAUUGGGUGCAGCACCGUGGGAUCAGUUCACUGGUUCUAUGUUCAACUGAAGGAAAUAUUACAUUAUUUCAAGGUUCAAAUUUUGUGCUUCUUGUGAUUCGAUUCACAAUAGUUCCAAAUGUUGUGAUUCAAAGUACAACAGAGAAAUAGGUCUUUAUACAAAGUUAUUAUCUGUCGGAUUGGUUAAAGAACCGUGAUGAGCUUUUGGAUGCUACAAGUCCAAGAUGGCCAAUAUAACAGAUGCUUACAGAGAUGUUUCAAGAUCCAACGUUUGCAUGUGUUAGAAAACACACACAGCAUCUUUGUGAUAGUGGAAUUUUUUGUAUAUUAUCUUCAUUUUUACAAAAAUGUUCUAUACACACCAGGCGUUUGUAUGGAUGUAUUUCGCCGGAACUCCGGAAUUAUAGCAGUCCAUCCGAUUGUACUCUAAAAUCCCUUUCAGACAAAAUUAUGUGCUUGUAAACAUUUCGUAGCUAUCCAGCUUUUGUGAUUGAAUAGUAAAAUCCCUUUCACUGUACUUUGUUUCUUUCCUU